GGCGCUCGAGGUAAUUGGUGACGCCUUUGCCAGCUCCUCGUGGCAACUACUUAGUUGCUCUAACGCCAAGAGAAUCACUCAUUUCAGACUAUACUUGAAUUCCCAUAGCUCUGGGAGAACAAAUUCAGUAUAAAUAAAGAUUACAUACAGUCAACUGUAAUCUAGUCAAUAAAGUUCAGUUAAUCAUUAUAUAGUCUAAUUCAUUUCCCUAGCGUUGCGAAGCAGCCUUCUACAAAUACAUAGUGUUUACUGCAGGGCUAUUACUCUCUUGUGUUUACUCGAUUCGUCGCUGUCAUAUUUAUUUUGUUGAGAAUAAAGAACUAUUAUCUUAAAAAAAUAUAUUAGAACUUAGAAAUAGCUUACAAUUAUACCAUAAAAUUGUAAUACAUUUCUUUUACUCUAAUUAAAUUUUUAUACUGAAAAUCAUGGCUCACUAUAAAGGAGCAGCCAGUGAAGCUGGCAGAGCAAUGCAACUUAUGAAGAAAAGGGAAAUAGCACAACAAGAAAUUGAACUUCGUAAAAAGAAAAUAGAAAAUGACUUGAAGAUACACAACAUUGAAAAUAAGUUUGCUACUCAUUAUAAUGCAGUUGAACAACAACUCAAAUCUUCAACCAUUGGUCUAGUAACAUUAGAUGAAAUGAAAGCUAAACAAGAAGAUAUUAUAAAAGAAAGAGAAAGAAAAUUAGCGCAAAAGGAAAAAGAGAAGGAGCAAGAAAAAGAAAGAGCACUUGCUGCUAAACAAGCUGAAAAAAGUAAACAGAAGAAACAAAUACAAGCUUUAUCAUUUAACUUGGAAGAAGAUGAAGAAGAUGAUGUUUCAGACCAUGACUCUGAUAUCAAAUCAAACGAUACACUUCCACCACUAAAGAAAAUUAAAAAGAAUCCAGAUGUUGAUACAAGUUUUUUACCAGAUAGGGAACGAGAAGAAGAAGAAAACCGUUUACGUGAAGAGCUCAGACAAGAAUGGACAACAAAACAAGAAGCAAUUAAAGCUGAGGAAAUUGAAAUCACUUUCAGUUAUUGGGAUGGAUCAGGACAUAGGCGCAGUGUUUUCAUGAAGAAAGGACAUUCAAUCUAUCAAUUACUUCAAAAGUGUUUAGAGGUCUUGAGAAAAGAGUUUAGUGAAUUGAAAACUGUUAUGGCAGAUCAGCUUAUGUAUGUCAAAGAAGAUCUCAUCCUUCCACAUCACUAUACAUUUUAUGACUUUAUUGUGACAAAAGCAAGAGGAAAAAGUGGGCCCCUUUUUACAUUUGAUGUACAUGAUGAUAUUCGAAUGAUGUCUGAUGCAUCUGUGGAAACUGAAGAAUCACAUGCUGGCAAAGUCUUGUUAAGAUCAUGGUAUGAAAGAAACAAACAUAUAUUCCCAGCAAGCAGGUGGGAGCCAUAUGAUCCUACAAAAACUUAUGAUAAAUAUACUAUUUCGGAUAAGAAAAAAAAAGAUAAAGUUUAAUUAAUCUUCGAUAACUG